UAUUCAAUUUUAUAAAAGUCUAUAAAUUGUAAUAAAAUUUCUUAGUGAGUUGUAUACAAACCGUUUCACCCGGGAUUAGAGACGAAUACAAAAAUCCUAACCUCUAAAGUACGCUCACACGUUAUUCCUAGGGAGAGCGUUCGACAAUUUGCAAAGUAUUCUCGUCAUGCACCGGCCAAAAUAAACACGCACAUUGAAAUAUACAUGCUGAAAGAACUGGUUUUCAUAUGGUAACGAAAUGAUAACAAACAAAAGCAGAGGCAGUACUUGUUGCUAUUUACAGGCCUGGUCCGCUUAGCCACACUCACGCACAACGAUCUGCAAAUAAAAUCGGCUGCCUGUGAAUAGCGCUGAGUCGUGGCGGUGGUGGUCACGCACUCGCUUCGUCUGCACCGUUGCAUAAAACGCAACGACAACAUAGAAUUCUGGUGUGAAAAUGGCAUCGGAGGUGAAUGUAUCGUUAAACUAUUUACAAAAUUUCGCCACCAGCGGCCCUCCCCGUUCUCAUUAUGCUUCGUUGCAGGGAUGCAGACAGACCAUGACAGACGUUUAAAGUUUCAACGCCAAGCGCCAAACUUUUCUCCGAGUCCUCGCUGUUCUCUUAACAGUGCUGAGUGUUUGGGUGCGUACUGGUGGAACUAUGUAAAUGGCGUAUUUUUGGUUGAAAUCAUUUACAUGGACGUUUCAAACGUCUCAAAUGAGGUCGGUAUGUGGUUGUUGUCUGUGUACUCUGCGCAUCAUAACCUCUUGUCUUGUAUGUAAUUACCCAGGUAACUAAGGUUUACUUUUCUUCCAGUUUCUUUGUCGGAAAUGUAUGCAGACAUUGGAACUGAAAAUCCCUCGUACCCUUCAGAAGAAUUACUAAGGCCAAAGUCCGAGGUCCCCGAAUGUGAAGAACCGACUGAUCUCCCUCUUCUUUCGCAUGUAAUAUUGGGUCGGCCUGUGGAAGAGUUUGAUGUUAGCAACUUCCAGCUGUACUUAUGUGGCUCCGGCACUUAUCAGGCACUGCAAAAAUGCGUAUCUGGCGUCUGUUUUAAGAGAUGUGGAACUGCUUCCUCCCAUGUCUGUGCUGGAAAUAACUUUCAGUUUGUUCUUGAACUCCAUGAAAAUAUUUUAAGUCACCCUUAGUAGCUGACAGGCAGGAAUAUCAUGUGGUUUGCUGUCAAGGAAUGCAACUCGUACUCUAUUGACACAGUGAUCACAGACAAGCUGCGGUAUGUCCUCCAGCCAGUGUUGUUUGAGAGGGCCGUUCGCAGUAACAGUUGUAAUGAUGUUCAAACAAUGUGUGUGAAAGAGAUGACCCAGAACGUGAGCAGCUGAUUCCUGGGAAAAGGGCUGGGUGCCAAAUCAUGACUUCUACCAUAUCUAAUGCCCUGAAGGUAUCGCAAUGCAUCAGAUUUCCUCCAUUAUCAGAAAAUAGGAAGACUGAAGAAUUCAUUAAUGUGCUGGCUGAUUUGCUGCAUAGCUUUUACAAAGCAGAACCACGGGGCAACCAACAGUCACUCAUAGAUGUAUCAUGUGUGGGAGCACAAAUUGGUCCCAAUGACCGUGGUGUCAGUAAAGAGCAUGGAUUCCUUGAUGUCCUUUUGAAAACUGAACUGACUUCUUCAGGCUCUGAGAAAGUACUGUUGAUAUGUUUGAGAGCAACCAAGUGGGUGUGGAUAGCUGUGGAUAGUGGAUUGCAACAGAGUAGUGCUGAUUUUGUGGAGGAGGGAAUUUCAUUUUGUCAUAUCAAGUCCUUUUGGCUGCUCUUUAGCACACUGUGCAGUUGUGAAGCAGUUAAUCCCUUGGCCUCCAUUGUGUUGAUUAAGCUGGACAAGUUUAGAUAUCAAAAUAUGCCCCAUGGCAGCUACAAUGAGGUGGUCCAAAUUACCAUGCAUGGUCCAUAUUAGAUCAUUUGA